UGAUGAUGGAAUGUAAACGAACGAAAAACAACAACAACAACGACAAGUGAAAUAAAAAAAAAAUUUCCAUCUCUUUCCACAUUUUGAUGGUGGUGUAAACACACACACACACACACACACACACAAUAUCAUUUUCAAGAAUUUUUGGUUUCUGUUCAACUCUUUCAAUUAUAAAGUUUGAUUAUUUUGGCAGCCAUCAUCAUCCAUAACGACGACGACGACGACUUCUUGGUAUUUCAAUGAUGAACGGUGGUGAUGCGGUGGUUAUUGGCGGCAUCAUUCAUCACUGAUAGCACAUCUUACAUUGCAUCACGUCAUUUAUGAAUUUCUCAUGGUUUUGAUUUAUUUAUUUUUUUUUCGUUGAAAAUUUAAGAAUUUCUUAAAUUCGAUCUCAAAUUUCAAUUAUCGAUAAUUGUAAUUGGAAAAAAAUGCUCAAAAAAAAUUGAAUUUUCAAUUUUAUUUUUCUCAUCAUCAAAAGUGUGUCUGUGUGUGUGUGUGUGUGUGUGUGUGUGCCUCUUUUGAUUGUUUUUUGUCGAAACUAAUCAAAACAUCAUUGAUUACAACCAUUGAAUUUCGACAACUUAAAAAAAUCCAGCUCAAUGAUCACCACAUAUACACAUCUAUUAUAAACAAGGCCAAUAAUUGAACAACGAUAACAUCUUAAUCAUCAAUUAUCUGGUCAAUUUACAUAUCAUCAAUUGAUUGUAACAAAAUAAACAAAACUAAUCAAGAAUCUUAAACCUAAAGAGAUCUUUGCCUACAUUCUUCGCACACACACACACACACACACACCUACACAUAAACAUACACACACACACACACACACGCCAACCAUAUUAUUAUUAUUAAAAUCAAACAGAUUUUAACAUAAUCCAAAUCCAAUCCAAAUCCAAAUUAAUUUUUAUUUUCUAAAAAUAAAAAUCCUCCUUGUAAAUAAUAAUCAAUUGAUUAACUUUUAAAACAAUUCACAUUUGUCUUCACAAACAUUUUAUUCAAUUUAAUAAGAAGAAAAAAAAUUCUGAAUCCAAAUUAUAACAAAACAAACAAAACAAAAUAGAUAAAAAAAAAUUUAUAUAUAAUUAUUCAAAUGGCCAAUUCAACAAGCGUAACGACCGGUCAGAACAAAGUUCAAAAUAAUGACAGUUCUACGGGCGGAAGCGGUAGUAGCGGUGGUGGUGGUGGUGGUGGUGGAACGACAAACACUACUGCCGCUACUGCUAACGCAACAUCAUCCUCAUCAACUUCUGCUGCUGCUUCUACUGCUGCUGCUGCUACUGCUGCAACAUCAUCAUCAUCACCAUCAGCAACAACAACAACAACAACAACUGGUCAAGGAACGACAACCGGAACUGGUCAAACAGCAGCAACAAAUUCAAGUAAUACAACAACAACAAAUAAUGCAAACCAAAAACUUUCAACAACUGAUCGUAUCAUUAAAAGUGUACCAUUUCCACCAUCGCGAAAGAUAACGAUGGCCGAAGCAUUUGAUCCAAAAACGAACAAGCCACGUAUAGAUGCACUUAAAUAUCAUUUUGUACAUGAAGGACGUUUAGAGGAGAAUGUCGCCCUACGUAUUAUAAAUGAGGGUGCCGCCUUAUUGAGAGCUGAAAAAACAAUGAUCGAUAUUGAAGCUCCAGUGACCGUUUGUGGUGAUAUACAUGGUCAAUUUUAUGAUCUAAUGAAAUUAUUCGAAGUUGGUGGUAAUCCAUCAUCAACAAAAUAUCUUUUUCUAGGAGAUUAUGUUGAUCGUGGUUAUUUUAGUAUCGAGUGUGUUCUAUAUUUAUGGUCUUUAAAGAUAACCUAUCCAACAACGCUCUUCCUAUUGCGUGGCAAUCAUGAAUGUCGCCAUCUUACCGAAUAUUUUACAUUCAAAACUGAAUGUAAAAUCAAAUACUCGGAACGUGUAUAUGACGCCUGUAUGGAAGCAUUCGAUUGUCUACCAUUAGCCGCAUUAAUGAACGGUCAAUUUCUUUGUGUCCAUGGUGGUCUAUCACCAGAGAUACAUACAUUAGAAGAUAUUAAAAAAUUGGAUCGUUUCAAAGAACCACCAGCAUUUGGACCGAUGUGUGAUCUACUUUGGUCUGAUCCAUUGGAAGAAUUUGGUAAUGAAAAACCAAAUGAAGAACAUUUUACACAUAAUUCUGUUCGUGGAUGUUCAUAUUUUUAUUCAUAUGGAGCAUGUUGUGAAUUUCUACAACAGAAUAAUUUAUUGUCAAUUAUAAGAGCUCAUGAAGCACAGGAUGCAGGUUAUCGAAUGUAUCGAAAAUCAUUGGUAACCGGAUUUCCAUCAUUGAUAACAAUAUUUUCGGCACCAAACUAUCUGGAUGUUUAUAAUAAUAAAGCGGCCAUACUCAAAUAUGAAAAUAACGUGAUGAACAUACGCCAAUUUAAUUGUUCACCACAUCCAUAUUGGCUGCCUAAUUUUAUGGAUGUAUUCACAUGGUCAUUACCAUUUGUUGGUGAAAAAGUAACAGAAAUGUUGGUCAAUGUGCUCAACAUUUGUUCCGAUGAUGAAUUGAUUAUAAAUGAAGGCGAAGAAGAUCAAAGUAUUGAAGAAGCAACGGCACGUAAAGAAGUGAUACGAAAUAAGAUACGUGCCAUCGGUAAAAUGGCACGAGUAUUCUCUGUAUUACGUGAAGAAUCUGAAAGUGUUCUACAAUUAAAAGGAUUGACGCCCACCGGUACAUUACCAUUGGGUGCAUUAUCUGGUGGUAAAAAUACGUUACGUAAUGCAUUGGCUGGCUUUUCACCAAAUCAUAAGAUAGCCAGUUUUGAAGAAGCCAAAGGUUUAGAUAAAAUGAAUGAACGUAUGCCACCAAGAAAAGAAGCACCACCACCUGCACCAAAACAAUCAUCAAGUAAAGAUGGAAAUUGAACAAUUGAUGAUAAUGAUGACGAAUCUCACCCAUAUAUAUA